CUAACUGUUGUGUUUAGAGCCGAAGAGCGCACAUUAAUUUAGAACCAACAGAACCGAAAAUGAUAUGAAGAGAUUCAGCUUUCCAAAGCACAAAUGUUAACACUAAAGUAAGACUGCACAGAUAAAUGAUUAAAUAAAACUAUUAAAACUGACCAUCCUUGCAAGGGGGUUCUUAUAGCUCAAGGGUUACGUUCAUUCACCCCAAUACUCGAGAUCUUAUGCUGGAAACCACUUCACUUGAGAUCCCGUGUUCUAAUCCAGCUUCCUAUAUCUGAUGCACUGAAUUUUCGGAGUACUAGGAAAUGAGAAGUGAGAACAUGGGUUAUUCCAUUCGAAUUAGUCGUUGCCGCAAAAAAAAAAAAAAAAAAAAAAAAAAAAACAGCAGUUCUCUGAGGUCUCACAAAGACCAACACUUGAACCUACUAGGAAACUCCAUUAAUUAAUUUAGCACAUGAUCAAGGGAAAUUAAUCUUGAGACUUGGCCCUUCAUAAUAUGAAACAUCCAAAAGUGCGUUUUUGCAGUAAACCUUCUAAGUCUUGGAGGGACCAAAAUUUAUACACUACUUUAGACUCAUGACUGAAAUUAAAAUAAUAUUUAGAAAAUUAAGAAUGAUAUAUUUUUCUUGUACCACACAUGAAAUAUCAACAAAAAGGGAAAGGAAAAAAAAGGUUGGUUAUCAUCAUUGGGUCCUUGACUUCUUUUUGCAGUUUAUAUAAAUGAUUACCCUAUAGCCCUAUAUCUACCCCCCAUAUUAUCCUCUAGUUUGAUCCAAUCCAACCGUACGCAUUUUGUAAACUAACUUGUAGCUUCAGCAAAUAUGAGUCUCAAGAAACUAGCAUUCACCUUCUUGACUCCUAGUUGUUUCAAGGCCAACAAACUAAUUGCAGAUCAAAAAUCCCAAACGUCAAAAGAAAUCUCAUUGCGGAGAUUGUCACUCUCGGAUUUGAGUAACUCAUCGGUAUGCACAGCCCUCAGUGAUCUGUCAAAUUCACUUAUUGGCUCAAACCUUCAUAUUUUUGCACACAAGGAGCUUAAAAAGAUUACACAAAGUUUCUCCAAGAGCAACUAUCUCGGUGAGGGCGGGUUCGGGCAGGUGUACAAAGGUUUCAUUGAUGACAAGCUUAGGCCUGGAUUGGAAGCUCAGCCUGUUGCUGUUAAAGUCUUGGAUUUAGAUGGCAAGCAAGGACAUAGGGAGUGGCUGGCUGAAGUGAUUGUUCUUGGGCAACUGAAGCACCCGAAUCUUGUUAACUUGAUCGGGUACUGCUGUGAAGACGAUCACAGGCUUCUGGUGUACGAGUACAUGGAGAGAGGCAACUUAGAUCACCAUCUAUUUAAACGUUAUGGUGGAACCCUGCCUUGGCUAACAAGAAUCAAGAUAGCAAUUGGAGCUGCAAAAGGCCUCAGUUGCCUCCAUGAGGAAGAAAAGCCAGUCAUAUACCGCGAUUUUAAGACUUCGAACAUUUUACUGGACUUGGAUUACACGGCUAAGCUGUCUGAUUUCGGUCUUGCCAUAGAUGGCCCGGAAGGAGAUGAAACACACAUUUCAACGCACGUCAUGGGAACUCAUGGCUAUGCAGCUCCAGAAUACGUCAAGACAGGUCAUUUAACAGCAAUGAGCGAUGUAUAUGGCUUCGGCGUAGUUCUUUUGGAACUACUAACUGGUAGAAGGUCCGUGGAUGAGAGCCGUCAUGGUAGAGAACAGAACCUAGUGGAGUGGUCCAAACCAUUUUUGAAGGAUACACAUAAACUUGACAGCGUGAUGGAUCCUAGGCUCGAGGGUCAGUACUCGACUGAAGGGGCUAGAAAAGCGGCUGCAUUGGCUCACCAAUGCCUGAACUACAACCCCAAAUGUAGACCAACGAUGAGCAGUGUGGUCAAGACCUUAGAGCCUCUUAUGGACUUGACUAAUGACAUCCCAAUCGGACCCUUUGUGUACGUUGUUCCAACUGAGGAAGAAAACAAAGUUAGUGUGCAUAGGGUUGAAGGAGAGGGGCAAGCUGAGUGGGAAGUGGUGAAAAACGAGAGCAAAGGUGAAGAAAAAGUGGUGGAAACGAGAGCGAAGGGCCGCCACAGGAGACGUAAAGGUCAUCGGUAUAGAAAUCGGAUUAAAUCAUUGAGGUCUAGUACCGUUUAUUCUGAUACUGCUCUUUAUAGAAUUCUUGGAACUGAUUUGUACUCUCCCAAAUAAGCAAUUGAUGUCGUUAGGGAAAAAAUGCACAUGCUUUAGCAUGAUUUGGUCAUGCAUCCUCUUGGAAACAAACGGAAAAGGCGAAAUAUGCACAGAAAGAACUGAUUACAAGCUUUUAGUUGAAAAUAGAAUUGAAAGACACUAAACAAAUAAUAUAUUUGUACGUAUACAUUAGAGUUGUUUUAUUUGUU